GAGAAACAGCACCCAUGACUAUCUUCCAGAGAAUCCUGGAUAUCUUAAAGAAGUCUUCUCGUGCUGUCGAGCUGGCCUGCAGAGAUCCACCAGAAGUGGAACAUCUGGAUUCUGCUCUACAGUUAAUAACAGAGAGCUUCAGGUGUCUCCGAAAUGCUUGUAUAGAGUGUUCUGUGAACCAGAAUUUAAUCAGGAACUUGGAUAUGAUUGGUAUUUCUGUUGAUUUGAUUCUUCUGUUUCGUGAACUGCGAGUGGAGCAGGAAUCCCUGUUGACAGCUUUUCGCUGUGGCCUGCAGUUUUUAGGCAAUAUUGCCUCACGGAAUGAAGAUUCCCAGUUUAUUGUUUGGAUGUAUGCUUUCCCAGAACUCUUUUUAAUGAGAGAACUGGAAGAAAACCUCAAUAUUGCAAUUGAUGUCAUAGGUGCUCACCAAAAGCAGCCUGGAUCAGAAUGGCCGUUCUUGAUUAUUACAGACCACUUUCUGAAAAGCCCGGAAUUGGUGCAAGCCAUGUUUCCCAAACUGAGCAAUCAAGAAAGGGUUACAUUAUUAGAUCUUAUGAUAACCAAGGUAGCGUGUGAUGAACCACUGACCAAGGAUGACAUCCCUGUGUUUUUAAAUCAUGCUGAGUUGAUUGCAAGCACCUUUGUGGAUGAGUGCAGGGCAGUACUCAAGUUGACCUCUGAGGAACAUACUGAUGAUGAGGAGGUAUUGGCUACAAUUAGGCUUCUUGACGUCCUGUGUGAAAUGACUGCUAAAACUGAGCUGCUCGGCUAUCUACAGGUUUUUCCUGGCUUGCUGGAAACAGUGAUCGAUCUUUUACGAGUGAUUCACGUAGCUGGAAAAGACACUGCAAACAUCUUUAGUGCCUCUGGUUGCGUGAAAGCAGAAGGUGAUAUCUCAAAUGUGGUUGAAGGAUUUAAGUCUCAUCUCAUUCGUCUGAUUGGAAAUCUGUGUUACAAGAAUAAAGAUAACCAAGACAAGGUAAAUGAGCUGGAUGGCAUUCCAUUGAUCCUGGACAGCUGCACCAUAGAUGACAAUAACCCCUGUAUCCUUGCAUGUGAAUCACCACUCACUAGUUCACAACUGGGGGUCUUGGGGUAACAGUCCUUUCCCUGAUGUUC